UUUCCCUCCUCGUUGACGGAGCUAGCCGGCGGCGCCGAUGUUUCUCUGAAAACUCUUCCCACCGCGGACACUUCGGACUCGGUAGCUUCACCAACCCGACACGGCGGCGGAACCUCGGCGGCACAUCGCUGUUAAAGAAGACGCAUGCGGUCCUGUUAGCAGGACAAGAUGUUCAACAAGUCGUUUGGUACUCCCUUCGGUGGGGGGACGGGGGGCUUCGGUACCUCGUCCACCUUCGGACAGCAAAACACUGGCUUUGGGACGACGGGCGGCUUUGGAACGUCUGCUUUUGGAACAACUACCAACACUGGAGGACUGUUUGGCUCCACGCAGAACAAACCUGGCGGUCUGUUCGGCUCCAGCACCUUCAGCCAGCCGGCCACGUCCUCCACCAGCACUGGUUUCGGCUUCGGCGCAGCCGGCGGCACGUCCACCAGCCUGUUCGGCAACACUGGGACGGGCGCCACCGGCGGCCUGUUCUCCCAGCAGAACAACGCCUUCAGCGCCAACAAGCCCGCCGCAUUUGGAAGCUUCGGGACCAGCACCAGCAGCGGCGGCCUGUUUGGAUCCACCAACACCACGUCCAACCCCUUCGGCGGCUCCAACUCGCUGUUCGGAGGCUCCGGGUUCUCCGCCGCUCAGCAGCCGGGGACCACCGUGAAGUUUAAUCCUCCGACCGGCAGCGACACCAUGGUGAAAGCCGGUGUGACCACAAGCAUCAACACCAAGCACCAGUGCAUCACGGCCAUGAAGGAGUACGAGAACAAGUCCCUGGAGGAGCUGAGGCUGGAGGACUACCAGGCAGGCAGGAAGGGACCCACCAACCCGAUGGCAGCGGGGACCGGCAGCCUGUUCGGCACGGCCACGUCCAGCACCACCACGGGCCUGUUCGGCUCCUCGGCCCCCAACACCAGCUUCUCCUUCGGCGGGAACAAGAGCACCUUCGGAGCCGCGCCGGCCGGUGGUUUCGGCACGGCCACCGGCGGUCUGUUCGGCCAGCCGGCCCAGCAGCCGGCCGGCAGCCUCUUCAAGCCGUUCAGUCAGACCACCACCACACAGACCACUGGCUUCUCCUUCGGGAACACCAACACCAUGGGGCAGACCAACACCAGCAGCAUGGGUCUCUUUGGAAACACGGCGGCGUCUCAGCCCGGCGGUCUUUUCGGCGCGACACAGACGAGCACGGCCUCGGGAUUCGGCGCAGCCUCCGGACUCUUCGGACCGACCAACGCCGGCUUCGGAAACAUGGGCACGCAGAGUCUGUUCGGGAACAAGACCGCCGGCUUCGGCACCACCACCACCAGCGCCCCGUCCUUCGGCACCGGCACCGGCCUCUUCGGCAACAAACCGGCCCUCACGCUGGGCACCGGCAACAACACGUCCACCUUCGGUUUUGGAGCGAAUCCCGCUGCAGGGAGCCUGUUUGGAAACAAGUCGACCACUGGAGGCCUUGGCACCGGACUGGGAACCAGCUUCGGCACCGCAGUGGGACCCGGGCAGACGCUGUUCGGGAACAACCAGAACAAACUGGGCACCACUCUGGGAACCAUGGGGACGUUCGGCGCCACGGGAUUCAGCGGCGGGACGAGCACUCUGGGCUUUGGCGCGCCGCAGCAGCCCGUCGCGCUCGCCGACCCCAGCGCGGCGGCGGCCCAGCAGGCCAUGCUGCAGCAGCAGCUCAACGUCCUGGCCUACUCCCCGUACGGAGACUCGCCGCUGUUCAGGAACCCGCUGUCGGACCCCAAGAAGAAGGAAGAGCGCCUGAAGCCGACCAAUCCCACGGCCCAGAAGGCUCUGACCACGCCCUCCCACUACAAGCUGACGCCGCGGCCCGCCACCCGGGUGCGGCCCAAGGCGCUCAACUCCUCCGGCUCGUCCAAGUCGCAGCUCUUCGAUGGCCUGGAUGACGACGAGCCCUCGCUCACCAACGGCGCCUUUGUGCCCAGGAAAAGCAUCAAGAAGCUGGUUUUGAAGAACCUGAACAGCAGCCAGUACAACAGCUCCCUCAAGGACGGCGACGAGCUGUCCUCACCCCCCGAGUACCCGCACAACGGACACAGCCACCUGGACGACGACGAAGACCAGAGGGAGCCGGCGCGCUCCGGGAGCCGAGCGGACGACGACCCCGAGGUCACAAACUUCUACGUCAACCCCAUCGCCAAGCCCAUCCCCCAGGGCCGUGGCCAGCCCGGGCUGCAGGACACCAUCAGCGACCUCAACAUGCACAAGUCGUCCCGCAUCGGCCUGGAGCUGAGCGGCGACGACGUGUCUGCGUCCGUCGGGGAGGAGUCUCUGCAGGAGGAGCGGGAGGACGAGGAGGAGGAGGAGCAGCAGGAGUCCCAGCGCUCUCCUCACCCUGCCGGCAUCGUCCUGAGCCGUGUGGGUUACUACACCAUCCCCUCCAUGGAGGAUCUGGCCGAGAUGGUGGACGAGCAGGGCGAGUGUGUGGUGGAGAACUUCACCGUGGGCCGGAAAGGUUACGGCUCCGUCUUCUUCCCCGGCGCGGUGAACGUGACGGGACUGAACCUGGACGACAUCGUCCAUUUCAGACGCAAGGAGGUCAUCGUUUACCCAGACGACAAGAACAAGCCGCCGGAGGGGGAGGGGCUCAACCGGCGUGCGGAGGUGACCCUGGACGGCGUGUGGCCCAACGACAAGACGAGCUGCACGCAGAUCCGGAGCCCCGAGCGCCUCGCCGACAUGAACUACGAGGGCCGGCUGGAGAGGGCGUCGCGGAAACAGGGCGCCCGCUUCCUGGAGUACCGUCCCGAGACCGGCUCCUGGGUGUUCGAGGUGGCCCACUUCUCCAAGUACGGCCUGCAGGACUCGGACGAGGACGAGGACGUCCCGCUGAAGGUGGACGUCAAGAAGCUGAAGACGUCCGUGCCGGCCGGCAAACCCCCGCAGCAGCAGCAGCAGGUGGCGCCGCAGGCUCAGUCGAUGACGGUGGAGGCGCCCGGCGGCGGCAUGGCGGAGCUGGACAGCGACAUGGCUGACAUCACCCAGAGCUGCCUGACGGACAUCCUGUCGCCCGGCGAGGAGGACGGCGGCGGCGAAGUGAUGGAGAUGACGGGCGGCUCCUUCCCCACUGAACACGAUGGCGUUUCCACAUCCGGCCACAUGGCGUCCUCGCUGGGGAUCAACCCGCACGCCCUGCAGAUCAUGAAGGCGUCUCUGUUUGCGGAGGACGACGACGACGGAGACAUGUUUGAUCAGACGAAGCUGUCGGUGGACGUGUCGUCGCCACGCCUCGUCCUGCCGGGCAGACCCUCCGUCGGCGGUCUUCUUCAGGCUCGGUUUACCUCCACCCUCCUCCAUCACCAGCUGGACUCUCCCGCCGCCCCCCUCACCCCGUCUCGGGGGUCUCCCGCAGCGUUGGAGCCGUCACGCCCCGCCCAGCGGGCGAGGCUCGGCCACAGCCCCGCCUCCUUCCUGCUGCCGCCGCGAGCUCCGGAGCCCCCCAUCAGGACGGUGGGGGUGCGGCGCCUGGGCGGGCCCGUACCCCUCAAGGAGUCCAUCACCCAGGGGAAGGGCGGUCUGCUGAUGGACACGGGCCUGUUUGCCGUGCGCUCCUUCAGGGUGGGCUGGGGCCCCGGAUGGACGCUGGCGCACUGCGGCCGCCCCCUCGGCUCAGCCACGCCCACAAAGCAGGAAGUCGGUCCAAAGGCUGAUUUCAGCUUCCUGCCCAAGCCUGCCAGGAACAAACCACUCGCCGAGAGUCCCUACAAGGUGAUGCUGGAGCGGCUGGAGGCUCUGGAGCCUCCACGGCUGAAGGCCAGCGAGGACGAGGAGGAGGACGAGGAGGAAGGCCAGGCGGUGCUGCAGCGCCCCCUGGAGAUCUGCCUGAAGCACAGCACGGUCAGCACGCCGGACGGCUCCGCCUGCCCGCUGGUGCGGCCGCAGCCCGGCGUGGCGGCGCUGCACGACUACGCCGAGUGGAUCUGCGAGCUGAAGGAGCAGCAGGGCGACGCCGACCCCGUCCUGGGUCACUGGGCCGAGGUCUGGACUCUGUGCGAGGCUCUGUGGGGCCGGCUGGGUCCCCCGGACCACCUGGAGCUCGAUGGCGAGGCCUCCGCCGGCGAGUACGAGCAGCAGCGGGAGAGGAGGCGGAGCUUCUCGGCGUGGCUGUCCCGCGGCGCCGCCGGCAGGGUGGAGGAGGAGGUGGCCCGAGCGGGGAAAGGCUGCCACACGGAGGCCAUCUUCAGCUACCUGACGGGGAACCGCAUCAGCGAGGCGUGCCGCGUCGCACAGAAGGAGGGAGACCACCGUCUGUCCCUGCUGCUGUCCCAGGCCGCCGGCUCGCAGUACUCCCGCGACCUUCUCGCCCUGCAGCUGGCCGACUGGAACCGCAUGAAGACCGACUGCUACCUGCCCGAGGAGCGGCUGCGCAUCUUCACACUGCUGGCAGGAAAACCCGUGUGGCAGUCCUCGGACUCGGCGGUGAACGUGUGCUCGGAGCUGGACUGGAAGCGCUGCGUCGCCGUCCACCUGUGGUUCAUGCUGCCGCCCACGGCCUCGGUGGCCGACGCCCUGGCCCGAUACGAGUCCGCCUUCCAGGGCUCGUGUGACAGCGGGAAGUACGCCUGCCCCCCGCUGCCCCCGUACCUGGAGGAGGAGCCGGAGGACGAGGAAGAGGAGGAGUGUAAACGACCGCUGUACGACUUGUGCUUCCACCUGCUCAAACUGUACAGCGACAGACACUACAGCCUGCAGCAGCUGCUGGACCCGCUGAGCGUGACGUGGCGGCGGCUGGACUACCGCCUCAGCUGGCACCUGUGGGGCGUCCUGCAGGCGCUGCACUACCAGCACCUCGGCGCCUCCCGGCAGGGCCUCCUACACGCCAGCUACGCCGCGCAGCUGGAGAGCGCCGGGCUGUGGCACCUGGCCGUCCUCAUCCUGCUGCACAUCCCCGACAACAGCCAGCGGGAGCGAGCCGUGCGCGAGGUGCUCACCCUCCACGUGUCGCCGUGCGAGUCGGAGGAGUCCCUGCGGAGGGAGCGCUUCCUGGUGGAGCGGCUGCUCGUCCCGCAGCGCUGGAUCCACGAGGCCAAAGCCACGCGGGCCCGCCGCGACGGCGACCGCCACCAGCAGGCGCUGCACCUGUACAAGGCCGGACACUGGAACCAGUGCCACCGUCUGAUCAUCCGGCACCUGGCCUCAGACUGCAUCAUCAACGACAACCACGACUACCUCCUGGAGUUCCUGCAGGGCCUGUCGGUCCCCGAGCACAGCGCCACCAUCCAGGACUGGGACACAGCCGGGAGGGUCUACCUGGACUACAUCCGGGUCAUCAAGACCCUGCAGGACAUCCAGCAGAUGGAGAACGCCGGAUACGAGCUGGAGCGUCUCCAUGGCGACGUGACGUCUCUGUGCAGCCGGAUCGAGCUGCUGCCCUGCAGCACGGCCAGAGACCGCCUCGCCCAAUCAGAGAUGGCGAAGCGGGUGGCGAACAUCCUGCGCGCCGUGCUGAGCCUGCAGCACAGCGACGCGGCGCCCGACUCGCUCGGCGUGCCGCUGGCUCAGCUGGCGCCGCACAUCAGCCGCCUGCCGAUGCCGGAGGACUACACGCUGGAGGAGCUGCGCGGCCUCACGCAGGCGUACCUGCGCCAGCUCGUCGUCAGCCAAUGAGAGCGCAGAACGGCGGCGUUGACCCGCCGACCCGUGGUCAGAUUCUGAGAGGACGGCGGGAGUUUUUACUGCAACCGGAGACUCGGAACCUGGAGCUUCAAAGAAUUUUAAUGACAGCGUUUCGCAGCGUAAAGCGGGUUUUUCUGAGGGGAUUAUCGGACAACAGCAGGCAGUUUCAGUAACGGUGGCUUCGGAUCUUCAGCUCAUGAAAACUUGAUGGCAGUUUACUGGAGGGAGGAUGGAUAAAGUCAGCCCGGUUUCUAGAGGUAAAGAACAACAUUGGUCCUGGAACAGCUCCUUGUGGAACACCACAAAUGAAAUUAUCUGGAUUUGAGGCAACAAAAAUAGAACUUUUUCCCUUUAUAUAUGGUUUAAUGAUGUAAUGCUGAAGUUAGCUAAUGAGACUCCAGCUCACCAGCUUCAUCAUCCUCUCCUCCACACGGGGCUGCAGUGGAUCACUGGGUCACUGCCGGUGAAGUUAUCUUAGUCUUAAUGUUUUUUUUUUCUUCUUUUACUGCAGUUGACAGAUGUAAAUAUAACUUGGCACAGAGGAUUGCUGAGAACUGCCUCACAGCUUCCUUCUGCCGCCCAGUGGACUACGGUGGUACUACAUCGCAGUAACAUUACAACUUUAAGGAACCAUUGGCCCCAAUUUGCUAUUUGAAAUAGAUUCUUGAUUAAAUACAAAUUAAAAUGCCAAGUUGAGUUUGAAGGUCUCACAGGUGAGUCAUCAAUACUGAAAACUGCAGCUUUCUGGUUUUCCUGUUAAGCCAGAAUCGAUUCGUGUGGGACGCCUCCAUCAGGAAAGAGUUUGUUGUCAGGAAGCCAUGAACAGGACGAUGGUGGGAUGCUGUGAGCGGGCCUGAGGGUGAGCUGUGAGAGCCACCGCUGAAGACAAAGCUUCAUUCCCUCGCAAACGUGGCUUUUUGAUGUGUGACAAGCAGCUUCAGAAUCCGCCACAGGUUGUUAAAGUGUCUAUUUUUGUAGAUCUGGUGUUUUUCUGUGAGUCAGAGGUGUGUCUGUAAACAGUG